UGCUUUCCCAACCAACCUACCCAUCUUCUCCUUCUCCUUCUCCUUCUUCUCCCAAUUUCUAAACCCUUCGUUUCUACACGUCUUCAACUCGCUUCCAAGUCACUUCUCGACCCCUCUUCCCAUUCUCUCAUAUACUUAUUGCUUUUGGCACCCAAAAACCACAAAGAUCGCCUUUCUCAUCUCAGUGAAACAAAGCUCGAGUCCUUGAGACUUCAGAGUCAGAGAGGAGCAUAACCAAUCAAACAAUGGCUGAUCUAGAAGGAGGAGGGCCGCCAAAAGCCAGAAGCAGCAACGGUUACAACAACAACAACUACCCGAACCAGUACUAUGUUGGAACUUCCGAGUCUUCGUGGACAUCGUGGUUGGUUCCUAUGUUUGUAGUGGCCAAUGUUGCUGUCUUUAUUGUGACCAUGUUCGUGAACAACUGUCCGAAGAACAACUUGGGUUUUGAUGGCAAGUGUGUGGCCAGAUUUCUUGGCAGGCUCUCGUUUGAGCCUUUGAAAGAGAACCCUCUGUUUGGUCCUUCUUCUGAUACAUUGGAAAAAAUGGGAGGCCUGCAGUGGUACAAGGUUGUACAUGGGAAUGAAGCAUGGAGGCUUUUCACUUGUAUGUGGUUGCAUGCCGGUGUCAUUCAUGUGCUUGCAAACAUGCUGAGCUUGGUCUUCAUUGGCAUCCGUCUGGAACAGCAAUUUGGCUUUGUUCGUGUGGGGAUAAUCUACAUAUUGUCUGGACUCGGCGGAAGCAUUCUGUCUGCCCUUUUCCUUCAAAGUAAUAAUAAUAUUUCUGUUGGUGCUUCUGGCGCUUUGUUUGGGCUUCUUGGAGCAAUGUUAUCAGAGCUUCUCACCAACUGGAGUAUCUAUACCAACAAGGCUGCAGCACUUUUCACUCUUAUAAUCAUCAUUGCCAUCAACUUAGCAGUUGGAAUUCUUCCGCACGUUGACAACUUUGCUCACAUUGGAGGAUUUAUGUCCGGGUUUCUCCUUGGUUUUGUACUGCUAUUUCGUCCCCAGUUUGGAUGGAUGGAGAGUCGGAAUCUACCAGCUGGUGCUCGUGUCAAAUCUAAGUACAAGGCCUACCAAUUGGGUCUUUGUGUGCUUGCGCUUGCUUUCGUGAUUGCUGGAUAUACUGUGGGACUGGUGAUGCUGUUCAGAGGAGAGAACGGAAACGAGCACUGCAGCUGGUGCCAUUAUCUCAGUUGUGUGCCAACCAAACAUUGGAAAUGUAACAACACAAGCUGAUGAACUCUCCCACAUCUACAAUUUAACUUCCAUACCUCGACCUUGAUGUCCUGCCCUCUAUUCUUUCUUUUUUUGUUCGUUGAUGUGUUAUAAUUUCAUUGGCAGACUUUCACUGAUGUACAUGCAUAGUUUGUGAGCACAUGAGAUAUUCUAGUUUGCGUGGAACCAAUAGUAAUGUAUAUUAGGUACAAGACAUCUUUACCAUAUAUACUUAUGUUUUGCUCUUUAUACGA